AUGGCCAUGUGGAACGAGGCAGUUGAAGAUGAACUGAUCAGCUUGAUUCAGGAGAGGCCAGCUCUGUACGACAUCACCGAAAAACGAUAUGCAAACCGAGUGGCGAUAGCAAACUCGUGGCGUGAGAUCGAAAACAAGCUUGUUAUAUCAGGAACACUGGUGCCCUCUUGUCUUUCCUGCUGUUAUAUCACACAGAAAGGCUGUGCUGCUCUGAUUUCAGCUUUGAGAUCAAACCCCUUACACCUGACAGAACUGAAUCUGAGCUGUAAUAAACCAGGAGAUUCAGGAGUGAAGCUACUCUCUGCUCUACUGGAGGAUCCACGCUGUAAACUGAAGAAACUUAAGCUGUUGGACUGCAGUAUUGGAGAGGAAGGCUGUGCUGCUCUGAUUUCAGCUUUGAGAUCAAACCCCUCACACCUGACAGAACUGAAUCUGAGCUAUAAUAAACCAGGAGACUCAGGAGUGAAGCUGCUCUCUGCUCUACUGGAGGAUCCACACUGUAAACUGGAGAAACUACAGCUGUAUAACUGCAGUACUAGGGAGGAAGGGCUGUGCUGCUCUGAUUUCAGCUCUAAGAUCAAACCCUUCACACCUGACAGAACUGAAUCUGAGCUUUAAUAAUCCAGGAGACUCAGGAGUGAAGCUGCUCUCUGCUCUACUGAAGGAUCCACACUGUAAACUGGAGAAACUACAGUGAGUCUCUUCACAUCUCAGUAACUAUAAGGUUUUGAGUAAAAGUUACACAGUAAAAUCCUGAGUGUUAUAUUAACACUGCUUGGAGCAUAAAUGGUCCCACUCUAAAAGAGUGUUAAAAUAACAAUGAAGCAGUGUUAAAACUGAGAUAAUUAUGUGAUUAA